AUGAAUCGUAAAAGAGAAAACCAAGAAAAUGGCGGGGAGUAUGAAAACAUUUUAAGAGAUCGCAAACUGAAGUAUGAGAAGCUGAGGAAAAAGAGUGCCCUGCAUAACAGGUUUAUAUCGCCCAUAGUCAACCUAAUUAAUAGCGUGAUAAACUUCCUGAAAACCCUUUUUAACAUACUAGCUAUUUUUUUUAAAACUUUAUUUGGCUUGUCCAAUGGCUCAAAUACCCUGGGCGGACGCAACAACGACGGAGAUGAUGAUUUUUUCAACAAGAAGAAAAAAAUGGGGAAUUUACAAAAAAGCAGAAUAAUGGAACUGAAAAAUUUGGGCACGUGUUUGGGAAGCACAUGA